ACUCCACUCGACUAAGGCACGCAGUUUUGUCAAUAACAUGGCCAGAAAACCAUCUUCAAAGACACCAAACAACUCUGAAGACCCAACAUCUGUCUGCUGCUAAAAAAAGGAAAAAAAAAAAAAAAAGAAUCGCUGUACAGCAUGGCACCCCGAGGCAGCAUGGUGACUGGGUUCCUUAUGCUGACCAUGGUCUGCUGUUGCCUGGGAACUGACUCGCCGAAGCCCGUGGGGGAGCGGGGAGUGUCAGGUGCGAUACUGGGGUCAGCAAACAGCACUCAGGAACGCCUUUCCAUUGCUGACACUCGAGAUGACACGGACGAUUGGCAUGAGCGAGUCCUUGGCGACGGCUCAACGAAGAAGUUUGAUGUUGACGAUAAAAGAUUGGAAAGUAUAUUCCAAGAGACUAAAACAGCAUUUGAGAAUAAGAAAGGAAAAGAGGGCAGAUCGUAUGAAGAAAAUGGAGAUUCUUUGGUCAGAAGAAAAAGAGAAACGAGCAAAGAAGAGGAAGGAGAAGGAGGUGAGGUAAUUAGUAACGAAGAGGGACCGGAGGAACUGCCAACGCCUGAGAGCCUCGCCUGGGUCGAUCCGGCCACACUAGCGAACCAAGGGUAUUCUGUCGAGAACGUUCCCUCGCUGGCUAAUCUCAUGGGCCUGAGGGUGGUCAAGUACAGGAACCACCAGCCUAUUCCCUCCCGUCUUGGCACCUCACCGUCAGCCUAUACUCCUGUCAGAUAUAGGCCUAGACCAUCUGUUCAAUAUUCGAAGUUCAAUAGGCCUGUGGGCUCCGAUCUGGGUUACAAGAGAACGGACUCCAAGUCGCUCACUUAUGACAACAACCUUUUUGGAGACUCGUUCCACAAUUCUUUCCACUCCUAUUACAAGGAAGAGAACGAUACAUUACCUUAUAGUAACAGCCACGGCCCACCGCAAGGGAUAAACAGCUGGCGAAGGUCUCACCCCUCUAGCAGUGAAUCCCGAUACCCCUCUAGCAGCCCCACCAACGGGAGGCCGAGUCAACCUCCUUUCCCGUCCGGCGGCGCUGGCGGCGGCCUUCUGGACAUGCUGGAUCCUCUGAAUCUCUUCAAGGGGAGCCAGGGUCCUGUCCCGCCCCGGCACUCGAAUCCCGUCCCCCCGCCUGGCUACGACCCCCGGCGACCCAGGCCCCAGCCACGGCCGCCUCCCUCGAACUCCCGCUCGGAGACAGGCUCCUCGCCGGGCGUGAAAUAUGAGGUGGUUGUUGACAAGGACCAGGGGAAUCGCGGAUACCAAUUCCGCGAGGACUCUCCGCUGCGGGAUGACUUGUACAUCGGGAUGGACGGUAACAUUUAUAUCAAAGAUAACUCCGUCAACGAUGCAGAUGGGUCUUAUGGUGACGACCCGUUCGAGGAGAACAGCAGACCACGACACACGUCCGGGCACCAGAGACCGUAUCGGCCGCGGUCGCGACCAGAUCGGGUUCGACCGAAAUUUCCCCGGAAACAGAUCGAAGACGAAGAUACCUUUGAUGAAAAUGAGUAUCGCGAACUCCUCAAAAACCACAACUUGGACGAUUAUUCUUCACGAGAACCUCCAGCCUCGAUCCAGAAUUUUCUUCCUGAAAAUAAUCCAAACUACAAGUCAAAUUCUCAGCAGAACCCUCGAGGACAGCAGACUGGCCGAUACCCAAACUACGACCGUCGACCCUCCAGGCAAAACCGCUACCCAGACACACGAUACUUCGACUGGUUUACCCCGGUGCGCGGUCGAAUCAACUACCCAUCGUUCUUCACGGACCCUCGACAGGUGAGGCUUCCGGGAUUUCGCUACCCGCCUAGACAUCGACGCUUGCCCGUCCCCCCGCGCGCCGGGACUCCUGUCAUCCCCCCAAACGUCCGUCACUCGCGACCCACUCAGCGCCCGGAUUUAACCCAGCGACGUCCUUCGUUCCCCAACUCUCCUCCUUCUCAUCCUCGCUCCUCCUUCCCUAAGUCUCCUGCUCGCCCUUCCUUCUCGAAUCCCUCUCCUCCUCGUACGCGCCCUUCCUUCCCCAUUACCUCUCCCCCUAGAUCCAACCCGGCACAAUCGCGACCGAACUUCCCCUUUGACAGACCCCAGAGCGACCCAGCGAGUAACCACAACACUCGUCUCCGGGGGUCUACGCUGUCUGGUGACUCCCGUGGGAAACCUGGGGGAACAAAGGGCUUCUACCCCGGAAAUGGCUUCUUUGACGCUGAUUUCCCCACUUUAUUCCACAUGGUGCCGUCCAAUCGACACAGAGUUUACGAACCACUGCCCAGGCCUUUGGCACUAAAUACGACAACAAUUGAGGAAGAGUGAAUAGUCCAUUGAUCAAAGGCGCCUAAUUUCGUUUAGAUUUUAGAAAUUAAAUGUUUGUUGUGGUAUGUGAUUGUAUGUAAAAAGAAGAUAAAAACGAAGGACAGUUACGAAUAAUACAACAGACGUUUAUUGCGUGUGAGUGCUAACUUCACUGACAGUGCAGAAGUUUCUAGACGGCAUUUGUUGUUGAGAGUACAAUAAACAGUGAAAUCCAUAAACAGAAAACAAUCAAUGUCCGAAGCAAAUGCUGUAUCAUACAUACACACGUGUUUAGCUAAAAAUAAUAUUCAUGUGGCAUUAUUUAUGGUAAAACGAUACUAAAAUGAAUAUAGGCCUAGGUGUUUCUAAGAAAUAGUUUCUACAGGUAUUUCAUAAGUUCAUUGCUGUGACAACAUUGUGAUAUAUGAAGUAUGAUUCUGAAAUUGUAGACAGUGGUACUUUUUGUACAUAUUACAUAUUACACGUAUUGGUACAUAUUCCAAGUAUCAAACUGAAAUUAAAUGAUCUAUCAUUUUUAGUGAUUGCAUUUAAUGAGAGUAAGUUUGAAACGUAUUUUGCAAUUUGCGGCACGUUGGUUGUCGCGGAAUUUGCUAUCUUUAUGAUUAAACAUAACAAAACCACUACCAGAAUCCCAUUAACCUUAAAAUGUACAACCAUUUACCAUACAUAAUAAAAAAAAAACAGUAAUGAACUGGAUAAUUUAUAAGGAUAACUCUCAAUUAAUUUUCCUUAU